AUGUCCGCAGAGACCGCCUCAAGUACGAUGGGGCCAUCAAGCACCACUAGCAGCUCGAGUGGUAACAGCGGGAGCAAUGCAUCCGCGCAGACCGUGAAACAAGAACGCUCACAAUCCAUAUCCGCUCCCUUCCCCCCGCCGAAGACCGAUAAACCACGGCCGCAUGUCUGCGCGACUUGCCAGCGCUCCUUUGCCCGGUUAGAACAUCUCAAACGGCACGAACGAUCACACACCAAAGAGAAGCCGUUCGAGUGCCCGCAGUGCACUCGAUGUUUUGCGCGGCGAGACUUGCUUCUACGGCACCAGCAAAAGCUACACCAACAAGGCGCAACGUCUUCUCGCCCACGGAAUGGCCGUAGGGAAAGUACAACUGGUAUGCCGCCGACAGCCUCAGGUCGAGUGCGGAAGAACUCCAUUGCCAGUGUUUCCGGCGGUGCCGGAGGUGCUGGUACUGGGAGCAUGAGGCCGAGAGCGAACACCAUCAGUCAUAUUGACCCAAAUGCCCUCAACACUCUACUCGCGUCACACGGCGCUUCUUUAGGUAGAGGGCCAGGAGGCCACCCUGGCCACUCUCACCAUGCUAGUCUAUCAGGACUCGGCGGUGCGGGUGGUUUUGACUAUAGGGGAAUGUCCACAUCCAUGGGCAACCAUGGUCAGGCACAUGGUCUCAAGCUGGAUACACACCUCGGCCUCGGUCUCGGUGGUGGCGGCCUUCGCACAGCGCCCAUCCCAGGAUUUGGACCCGAUGAUCUGGAGUUAGAGAAAUUCUUUGGUUCUUCAGGCUCGACUAUCAAUCCUAAUCAGCUCCACCAUUUCACAGGUAACAUGGCUAACUCUGCAUCGCCUUUCCAUACUUUUGCGAAUCCUUUCGCAGGCAGUGCCAUCGAGGAGGAUGAUUUUGGAUGGAACACAGGUUUGGACAAUGCCAUGAUCUUCCCAUCAAACGACACUGCUGUUGACGGGUCGUCACCUUCUGCCAUCAGCACUGCUAGCCAGAGCGGAUUCAGUGAAGUCAUGUUGGAUGGAUCGGGUCAAGCGACCUCUGCAGCCAUGUGGCACAAUCCUUUAGUUACUCAUUCUGGCAUCAAUCCCGCAGUGGCGUAUACGCUGGAUGCGAUGGCGCCAGUCUUUCCUGAGCUUAUGAUGAACAACGUAGCUCCCACCAACAAGGAACUGGUAGAUCAAGGUGCGCCGGCCGAUUUCUAUAUGUCCUCACCCCAGCCGGUAUCAUCGAUGAGCCCCACUGCAGGAAUACCUGGUAUGCCUACUCAAUAUUUUCACCCACCGAUGGCAUUCCAUUCUGAUACCGGCAGCAUUUCAUCAUCCUCUAUAAACGGAAGUGCCAGACACAGCUCGGUUACAUCGGUUUCCACAGAUACCAUCACGGACACUACCAGACAAGCUCUCAUCAUCAAUCUAUCGCAAGCUCUUGGUUAUGGCCAGACCUCUCGAAAAUUCUCACAGCCACAGAUCAGUUCACCACUCUCCACAUCGGCACAGGGCAAAACACAACAUCAAGUAGCCUCUCUACCAAGCACUAUGGACCUGCAGCGAUAUGUGAAUGCCUACAUUCAAUAUUUCCAUCCGCAUUUCCCGUUCCUACAUAUUCCAACCCUGUCAUUUGACACACCCACAUACACGUUCCACAUGCGGACAUCCGGGGCGUUCAAUCAUGAUGGUAUGGUGGGUGGUGGAGGGUGUCUCAUACUUGCAAUGGCUGCGAUAGGAGCUCUCUAUGAGUUUGAGCACAAUAUCGCCAAAGAACUGUUUGAAGCCGCAAAGAAAAUGAUCCUCUACUAUCUGGAUGAACGCCGGAGGGCCGGGCUGUCGGCAGCAGUCAAUGGCCCCAGCGCCGCAAAUGACACUAUAAACAAACCUCCUCUAUGGUUGGUACAAGCUAUGCUGCUUAACCUUAUAUAUGGCCACAACUGCGGAGACAGACAAGCUGCGGAAGUCGCGAGUACUCAUUGUGCGGCGCUGGUCAGCUUGGCGAAGGCUGCUGGCCUGGACAAACCCAGUGCAGAACCCACCGCACGGGAAAGUUUCAGCCAGGACACGCCAUCUCAGGUCAAGGGUGACAUCGAGAUGAUGGACGAUUCCAUAAACCCCGAAUUAUUCCAGAAGAGCCCUUCCUUGGAUUCGAACGAGGAACAUGCACAGUGGAUUCAAUGGAAGAAGACUGAGGAGCGCAAGCGAACCUACUUCGCCGUGUUCUCCAUGUCGAGUCUACUUGUCUCGGCUUAUGCGCACGCUCCACGUAUAUUGAAUUCGGAAAUUCGACUAGACCUUCCUUGUGAGGAAGACUUGUGGUCGGUAGAUAACCCACAGGCGUGGGUCGCCAUGGGGGGCCCAAUGAUUGCGCAAGCCAAAGGCCUGUCCUUCAACACGGCCAUGACCUAUCUUCUCGAGGCAAGCAUGCGACAGCAAUCGCAGACGCAGACGCAAGGUUCUUACAGUCAGAACUUCGGAAUCGCGCAAGGUAUUCAAGAAAAUGUCGAAAGCGAUAUACGCCCUAGUACAUUUGGAUGUUACGUGCUCAUAAACGCCUUGCAUGUGUACAUUUGGGAGACCAGGCAAAGGCAUACGGGUCGUCUGUGGAAGACGCAGGAAACAGAGGCGAUGCAUGCCCAAGUGGAGCCGGCUCUGCGAGCAUGGCAAGCUGCAUGGCGAGCCAACCCGAAUCAUAGCAUAGAGCGGCCGAGCCCAUUUGGCCCACUCUCCGCUGAUUGCAUUCCUCUCUUGGAUCUGGCAUAUGUUCGUCUCUUUGUUAAUUUGGGGCGGUCGAAGGAGCUCCUGUGGCAACGUGACUACGAUGGAAUGGCAAACGAGCUCGCCAAGGGUGUUGAGAUUGUUGCUCAAACGGAUGGUUCACCUGAACAGUCGGUCGAGCCUAACGACCUUAAAGCAUCCGGAACAAGCGCCUCUCCUGGCGGAAUUCACAGUCCACAAGACAUUGAUGCAAUGGAUGGGAUGAGUCCAGGACGAAACACAUCUUCGGUCCAGUUCAAGCAAUCAUCCAAGCGGGAAAGGCACCUACGACGAGCAGCCUUCUAUGCAGCAGAUUCUCUGUCUAUGGCCGACAAACUUGGUGCGACAUAUGCUGAGUUCACUGCAAGAGAGUUACCCAAUUCCUCGGCGAUGUGCACCUUCGACUGUGCGCAAAUACUUGCCGAAUGGGUGACUACAGUACAGGAUCGUGUUGGACGCUUCUGCGGCAUCCUUGGGAAAGAUGAUAUUGAUCUGUCCGGCGUCCCUGCGAUCAUGCUUCUUGAAGAAGAGGAUAUCAAGUUGCUCGAGAAAAUCAAGGAUAUAUUGAAUACUGCCGACAUGAAGCUCGCAUACGAUAUUGCGGGAAUGGGUACAUCCAGUGCUAUCCCAAUGCUCGGCGGCCUUUCCAACCUCGGACAUUGCGGUUACGGCACAAAACUUCUCAUGGUUACAGCUUACAUGCUGGAAAAGGCGGCCGUCUGGCCAGUUACCCAUGUGAUGGCCCGCGCCCUCGAAGCGCACGCGAUGCAUAUUAACCAGCGUGCUGAAGCCUCUGUAACCGCGUCGUAA